CCUAACCUAUCUGUCACGAAAACACGUGCAGCGUUGGAUGCGAAGUGCGUUGUAUAUAUCCUUACAUUUUUAUAAAACUUCAGAAUCAAGAUUAUCAUACUUUUAAUUUAGGAAAAUAAUUAUAUCAGAAAUAAUGGAUGAAAUGUUGAAAGAUGCGCGUUUCGCGCACAUCGCGAAAGAUCCGAAAUUUCGACGCAUCCCCAAGGCUGAAAGGAAAGUAAAGAUUGACCAUCGUUUUAAAGACAUGUUUAAGGAUAAAAAAUUCACUGUCAAAUAUACCAUCGAUAAGCGUGGUAGACCGAUCAAUCAGACUACUACUGAAAAUCUUAGGAAAUAUUAUGAUCUAUCUAGUAGCGAAGAUGAAGAUGCAUCUGUGUCAUCUACAAGUAAGAAAAAUGACAAAAAGGAAGAGAUAAAAGAGAAUACUAUAAAGAAAGCAAAGGAUAAGAAGAAGAUGGAGAAGAAAGCUAAAUCAAGUUUAGUAAAAGAUCCCUCAGAUGAAGAAAGCAAAGAUGAUCAGAGCGAUGACAAUUGUGCCUCAAAUAAUGGAGACUUGCUUCAGAUGGAACCAAAAGAGACAUGUUCUGAUGAUGAAUCUAAUAAUGAAUCCUUAGAGAAUAACGAGAAUGAAUCUCUUCAGAAGGGAUUUUCCCAAUUAGAUUUUGAUGAAAAUGAAAAACAACUGCAUACAAGAAGGGAAAAUGAAAGUGGCAGACUUUCAAGUGAAAUUAAAGAGAGAUUGAAAGAUCUGAGUGUGAAUUAUGCCAGAGGUGAAGGUGUCUUGUUGACUGAUAGCUCUUCGGAAGAAGAAUUAUCUGAAGCUAGUGAUGUCGAAGAAGACAUUGAACAUAAUUGGGGUGAAUUAGACAAGGAAGCUGAAACAACAGAUGAGAUUACACAUAGAUUAGCUAUUUGUAAUAUGGAUUGGGAUAGAAUACGUGCUGUAGACUUGAUGAUUUUGUUAAAUUCAUUCUUACCUAGUGGCGGGCUUAUCCACUCAGUUACAAUUUAUCCAUCAGAAUUUGGUCAGGAGCGAAUGAAGGAGGAAGAGAUCAGUGGCCCAACAGAAUUAAAAAACAAAGAUAAUAUUAAUACUGAAGAUGAAAUUGAUGAUGAUAAUGAGGAAGGUUCAACAUAUCAUAUGGAAAAGCUGAGACAGUAUCAAUUGAAUCGGUUGAAAUACUAUUAUGCUGUUGCUGAGUUUGAUUCUACUGAGACGGCAAAUAAAGUAUACAUAGAAUGCGACGGGAUCGAAUAUGAAUCGACUGCUACUAGAUUAGAUCUCAGAUUUAUACCAAAUGAUAUGACAUUUGAUCAGGAACCUAAAGAGACGUGUACCGAGAUACCAGAACCUGCAAAAUAUGAACCAAGACAAUUUACAACAACUGCCUUACAACAAGUUAAAGUUCAAUUAACAUGGGAUGAAACAAAUUUAGAUAGGCAAGAAUUUACUCAAAAGCUGAAUUCUGGAAAAUUGCAGAAUAUCGAUGAAAAUUAUCUACAGACAUAUUUGGCGAGUGGUAGUGAAGAUGAAUCAGAGGAAAAGGAAGAUACAACUGAAAGAAACAAUGAUAAUUUGGAAUCAGAAGUGAAUGAUGAUCCAAUUGGAAAAUAUAAAUCUUUACUAAAAUCUAUUGAAGGAGAAGAAGAGGCAAAGAAGAACAAAGAUGUCGAAUUGGAAUUUACAUGGGGUUUAGACGCCAAAGAAAAAGCUGAGAAAUUGGUCAAGGAGAGAAUGAAAAAUAAAGAAGAACUCACACCUUUCGAGCAGUAUCUGGAGAAACGCAAAGCGAAAAAGAAAGCUAAGAGAGAAGAAAAGAAGCUUAAAGAAGAAAGUCAGAAAAGCGAUUCAGAAAACUCUUUGCCACCUGAUGUAGAUCUGAAUGAUAAGUAUUUUGCAGAAGAAUUUAAAAACAAGAAAUCAUCCCAUAGGAAAGAAAGAAAAGAUAAAAAAGCUAGUGAUAUAGAUUCGUCGAAUGAGCAGGAAGAAAAUCAACGUAGAGCCGAAUUAGAAUUACUUCUGAUGGAUCAAGAUGAUGGCAAGAAACACUUCAAUAUGAAGCAGAUUGAGGAAAAUGCUACCAUGUCGAAAUCCAAACGAAAACGUCUCAGCAAAAAGAACAUGCAAGAGGAAAUAAAAGAUGAUGAUUUUGAAAUUGAUGUCAAAGAUCCGAGAUUCACCGCUUUAUACACAUCACAUCAUUUUAAUAUCGAUCCCGCAGAUCCACAUUAUAGGAAGACAAAGGGUACAGAAGCUCUAGUUAGUGAAAAGUUAAAGAGGAGAGCUGAUAAUGAACUGCAUACAGAAGAUACUCAACAGUUUAAGAAGCCAAAAACAAACGAAAAAUUAUCGACGGAAUUACAAGCGCUAGUUAAAUCCGUUAAGAAAAAAACGCAAAAUAUCUCACAACCAAUAAAAGGAUAAUUCAAUCAUCACACAUUCUCAUUAUAUGAAUUAUUAUAAAUAAGUAUCACAAAAAUAAA